CUGAAUGCUAAUAAUUUAAUGAAAGAAGGAAAUUACUUAUAUGAAACACCUAUAAUUUUGAGAUGAAAUUAACAAAAAAGAUGGAAUUCUAAAAAAGAGAGUGUAAGUAAUGAUAGAGAUUAUUUUAAAUGAGGAUAUAGGUUUUAGUGAAGAAUUAUGGAGAAUGUGUAAAAAUUUUUAUUAUAAAAAAAGCAUAAAAUUGAGUAUGACUAUCAAUAUUUAGUAUAAUAAAUAAUUGUUUAGAAUUUUACUGAGGUUAAAAUGGAAAGAGUAUAAAGAAGAAGGGAGACUAAUUUGAAGAAGUAAUAGACUAGAUUUUUAGAGAUACUAUAUGGGUAUAGUGUAUUAGUGAGUGUUAGAUAAUUUAAUGAUUAAUAAAAUUUUUGUCAGAUUUAAUUGUAUAAAUAUAUCGAUAAGGUUUCUAUAAGAAGAAUGAAUUUCAAAUUAAGGGGGUUAAGUAAUAUUGACUUUAUUAAUGAAAAAAUCUUGUUUGUUUCGCACUAUAUAUUCUCGAUUAAAUGAU